AUGCCCUGCAAGCUCAUGCCAACCAGUGCAUUGUGGACGCGCACAUCUCGAGGUGUUAUCGCAAGAGGAAUGCGGUCGCGCACCUUGAAACACAAAGUAAAGCUGGUGUUUGAUGGUGGUCCUUCAGGUCUCCACCUGCACUCCGCGUGCACUAUAUCCAAAGCGUUACAGCUCGUUUCACUCCGCAGAUCUGCUAACCCUACUUGGUCCGUACAGGCUCCGUCGAAGUUUGGACGUCUGCGAAGCUUUCAGCCUGAAUUCCUGACCAUGCAUCUUUUCCAGGGUUUGGGUGCUAUAUCUCAUGCAGCUCCAGUAUUCUCCGACCAUUGCCUCCAGUCCAUGCAAGUCGAGCUUAAUACAAGUGUCAAGCUACAGUACUCCAUUUCCCAUUACUGCCGGAAGCGACUCCGCGCCGGUCACAAGAUACCUGUACAUGACCACGACGGCAUCGGUUAA